GUCCUGCCCUUCUAGCCCGUUUUCUCUAUGGUAAAUGAACGUGCGGCUCUGGCGAGAAAAUGGCAGCGCGCUGGAGCAUCUCUUCUUCGCCUAUAUAGCCUCCCAGUAACCGGCGACCAGGCCGCUCUUCCUGCCGCCUCCGAGUGUCUAUGGUUCUCUUAAAGGGGCCGCUUGGCUUUCCCAGCUGCGGGGUCCCGAAAUGCUGCUGACGGUGAAGGCGCUCCAGGGCCGGGAAUGUUGCCUCCAGGUUUCCCCGGAAGAACGCAUCUCCUCUCUCAAACGCCUCGUGUCAGAAAAGCUGAAUGUCCCAAUAUCCCAACAGCGCCUGCUUUUCAAAGGCAAAGCUCUGGCUGAUGAACACCGUCUGUCUGAUUACUCCAUUGGUCCCGAAUCAAAGCUCAAUCUUGUAAUCAAGCCACCAGAAAAGACCUCACCAGAAGAAUCCAGCCGUAGAACUGGUCCUCCACAGAAUGCUGCCAUCUGGCAUACAGUUGCCCAAGUCCUGGGCAGGCAUUUCAGUGGAGCUGAUGCUGAGAAAGUGUUGGAGCAACUUCAAAAGGAUUAUGAGCGGAGCCUCAGACUACUGAGUUUGGAUGACAUUGAGCGCUUGGCCACACGCUUGCUUCACCCCGAGGUCGCUGAAGCUGUAGAAAUGGGCUUUCUGGAUUAGAUGCCAGUCUAGGCACGGGAGCCCUGUCUGCCUCUUUGGACAGAGAACCUUGGGGGCAGGACCCAGUUUGGGGCAUAAUGGGAUCAUUCCCUCUGGACUGCUGUUGAAGGGGCCUAAAGUACCUGUAACUUCUCCCCGUCCAUUAAAGGUGGUGGGUGAAAUUGGU